AUGUCAGCAUUGGUAGGGUCGUGGACCAUCUUGAGGCCACAGGACAGCUUAUUAACACGUGUCCUAUUCAUGUCCCACAAUGGCGCUGAAGGAGCCAUUCUGGAAGCCCUCCCACUGAUGGGUGGCGCCGGUACUUUCCAGACGAUUAUCGACAGGUACUACGAUAACUCACUGAAAAAACGUAGGGAUGGCGAACUUCUUUGUCUAGGACGUUGCGGAAUGGGCUUGUGCUUCCAUGGCACCAUCGAGAGGUUUCAAGACAUACAUCACUGA